AUCAUAGCAUACCCUGUGGGUUAAGUCACGUCUACGAAGGGUAUAUACGAACAUACCCCUCGCGUAACUAUUGAAACGCGUAUGACUUUUUGAAAACAACAAACGAAAUAGUAAAAGAUUGCAGACUUUAAUGAAACCGUUUCUUGAUAGGACCGUUUGAGCAAAUCUCUGGAGGAAAGAAGUCAAGAAACAACAAGUUGAACAGACUGAAUUAAGAAACCAAGUGUAGCCGGCACUGCAAUGCUCGAAAACUUACUGUAGCGUUUCAGACCUUGCAGACUAGUAACUUCUUUUGGGCAUCAAUUUAGGCAUCCUAAUCCCCUGGUUUAGAGCAGCUGUAGCGACAACUCUGGGAAUGGCAGUUCGUCGUUAUAGCUUCCGGGAUCAGUCCAGAUCUUCAUGUGCUUACGGUGGGACCAUUAAGAACGGUGUUUCCACCAAUCAAGGCGCCCUCCUAGAGCAAGGCCUUAUACUCAGGGCCCUACUUGGGAUUUUAAGCAUCUGGACGUGCUCUCGUAAAAGCAUACCAGCACCCAAACCACGCCACCGCGGUUUCCAUUUCCAACCCCGUGUUGCUUUGUAUCCUAUUUCCGCGCCAGAGCGGGACGCCCGACUCAACCCAUCAGCCGAAGAUAUAUUCGAUGAGGAGUGUGACUCGCGUCUGAUCCAGCGACUUGUAUUCGGAACACCGAGCGGAUGGUGUGGUCGGUCGGGAAAGGACGGUGCUUUGGAGUUAUUCGCGGUGCGCGUUGCGGCCGGUCUUUGCGAAACAGGAUGCGUUGGACCAAGAUCGAUCUCUCUUGAUCUCGGGUCAGGCGUGAAAUGAGCGACUGAGUAUAGAUCGCAAAGCUGUCGAGGAAACUGUGAAGGCCGGACGUGUGCUCUUGGCUCGACACGAUACAACUUGGCUUCGCUU